AUGUGGUGGCGACUCUCUAAGAGAUACAAGCUAGCAUUGUUUCUGGUGGCAGUUGGUACGUUGAUCGUACUUUUGUUGUCACAAGUUUUGAGGCCAACCCGAAAACCAAAAUGGAAGGCGGUCGAGCCUAUUACACGUUACCUAGGAGUGCAGGACGUCAAUGACUCUGUUAUACGCCAAAUUCUCAACGAAAAGUAUCCUUCUGUCUACCAAAAUGAUACAAUAUUGACCGAUACAGUUUACGAUGACAUGUUCCUGUCCAAUAAGCAUUUCUUGGCUUCGCUCCUGUGGCCCAUGGCUGAUCGAUGUAAUUACUAUUUCGAUCAAGUGCUAAAACAAAACAGUGACACCAACCAACCUCUUAUUGAUGGCCACAGACCCUUUAAGUACGAAAAGAUCGCUAUGUUUGGUUGGGAAGCGUUUUAUAAAGAGUUCAAACAACGUCGCUGGAACGACGAAAAGCGAAGAAUUUUGGAAGAGCUUAGGGAAAAACGUAAACAGGAGCUCGAAAAUGAAGGCGAAUAUGACGAAGACAUGGAGUUCUCGGAAGAAGAAGUUGGCUUCAAAGAUGACAUGGUAAAGCUUGAUGAAGAGCAAGUUGAGCAUGACAUAAAGGAGCUCUACGAUGCCACUCGCAAGAUCAUUGAUCAUGAUCAUGAGACUUUAAGGAAGUUUCUAUCACACUCUCGUGUGUUCAAUAAGUGCUUCUUGCAAAUGUCGAAGCCCCACCAAGAUGACAACAUCAAGUUCGUCAAGAGUCAAGAAGACUUUGCCUCGGAGUGGCGUUCUCGUCAAACCCAUCCUAAACAUCAUCGAUGGGAACUGUGUCGAGAGUUGGAGCGAAUAAUAUACCCAUGGUUAACUGGGGUGUCGCCAACUGUAACAGAGUUGACAACCGGCAAAGUUCAACAGCUUGAAACGAAUCAGCACGAUUGUUGGCUCGGUCAAUGGCGUAAUCGCUUACGCCGUCGAGGCAUCGUUCUCACGAUUUCAAAUACACAUGUGGAUGAUACUGUCAAGCUUAUCGCAUUACUUCAAGAGCAUAAGAACGAAUUGCCAAUCGAAAUAAUCUAUCGUGAAGAUCAACUUGGUGACGUGGAGAAGGAAAAGUUGACGAAGGCCGCUAAAAAAUGGAAUCAAUCUAUUUGGAUGGUCGAUAUUACAAAAUGUGUGGCUGAUAAUUAUGUUGAGAAGUUUGAUGGAUUUGGGUACAAAUUGCUUGCCGUUUUAUUUAACACAUUUUCAGAAAUAAUGUUGAUGGACGCCGAUACCGUACUUAUACAACCUCCGGUCUAUUUCUUCGACAUGAAGAAGUAUACUCAACUGGGAACUCUUUUUUUCAAGGACAGGGCGAAUGUCGAAUUCCGCUUACACGAAGACAUUCCGUGGUUCAACUUCUUAUUUCCCUCACAAGCCGACGAAGCUGUGUUCAAUAUCAAACAAGUGACGGAACAUACUACCCAGCGAAUGUUCUUCACUGAUCGUUUCAAUCACUAUAUGGAAAGUGGCGUUGUUCUUAUUGAUAGAUCGCAGCACUUUGACCAACCACUCAUCAUGGCUGUCUUGUUUUGGUUUCAUCUGAUAAAAUACAGGGUUUAUGGCGAUAAAGAACUUUUUUGGCUCAGUAUGGCGAUGAUGGGUGAUGAGCGUUAUGAAUUCAACAAUCAUCAUGCUGCGGCGAUCGGUAAGAUCACACCAAAGAAGGAGUAUAAAGUUAAGGCGAAUGAAAUUUGCCUGAACCACCCAGGCCAUAUAUCUGAUGAAGACGAUCACAGCUUGCUCUGGUUCAAUUCUGGAUUCCAGCAUUGUGGUAUGCUGAAAUAUGUCAAUUUCGAAAAAGAGUUCGGUCGCAAACUUCGCUACACCGAUAUAAAGAAUGUCGAUCUAUUUAGAGAGUUCAUGACUCUGAGACUCGAAAUUGAGUCCGCUAUAAUUCCUCCUUAUCGUCAAUUGAUUGCGAAUAAUGACAAGGGUGAACCAAACCGUGCGUGGUCGCAUAUGAAAGAGUAUUGUGAUGAGUAUACUUGGUGCGGUGCACAUCAAAAUGUGGGUCACAAAUUGAAAGAGUACUGGGGCGAUUCUACAGCUUCCGAGAGUGUAAGCUCGAAACACCAGACCGAAGCACAGCAGGACGCCGAGUUGACAGGAGUGUGA